AUGACUUCUGAUAUACGAAAUUUCUCUUGCUCAAACAACACACAGAACCCCAUUGCAAAUCAUCGAACCAGCAUACCUCCAGAGUUGAAAACGAUUUCAAGAUUAAAUACAAGUGGCAACUCAUUUGUAUCCAGUACAGAAGAUCAACUACAUACUCAUCAACAAACCUUAGAACACUGGCUUUUGAAUGCUGUGAUCCAUACAUUUGCUAAAUUCUCAUCAAGUCAUAAGUCAUUGGAAUUAUUGACUAGAUUUAUUGGCCUUCCUACAUCACUUGCUUGCGCACUGAGUUAUUAUAUUCCAGAAAGUUUAAAAGCUUUAUCAACUGACGAUAAAUUAAAUCAAGUUUGCUUAGAUCAUUAUUUAUCAUUGCUCAAUUUAUUGGAAACAAAUACACUUAAUAUUGAUACAAUCAAUUCUAAUUUUCAACAUGAUCUAUUCAAAGAUGAUAUUGAAAAUGUUCAAUAUAUUCAUAAUUUAAUUCAACAAUUAUUUAAAACAAAUGAAUUAUUGGAUGAAUUCAAUUCAUUAUUUACAUCUAUUACACAAUUAUUAAAUCUUUAUCUUAAAAAAUCUUCAAAUGAAAGAAUUGGAUUUGAAAAAUAUGAUGAUUUAUGUCUUGUGAUUAAUAUUUAUCAAUUGAUUUAUAACAUAUCUACUAAUACUAUUGUUACUAAUAGUAGUCAUUGUUAUCAUUCUAAUUCAACUAUCAUCUCAUCUAGUACUGGUGUCAACGUUGCCAUUACUACUAGUGGAUUAACAUCAACAACUGGGAUUAUAACAAAUCCUAUUCAAAGUGAUAUUGUACAAUCAAGUUAUAAUUCAAAAAUACAAAACGGAGUUUUACGCAAUUUAGUUCGUGCAUCUGGCACUGUUGCUAAACCUGCAAUACCAGCCCAUCCAAGCAAUCAACCUAUUCCUGUUGUAAAUCAAUCUACUGUAGAUCAAUUAGUUAGCUCGCCUAUUAGUUUAGUGAGUCAUACAGAAACUAUGAUUGAUGAUAAUAGUAUUACCACUGCUGCUGCUGCUACCACUAUUAGUAAUAUGAAAUCUGAUGUAGAUACACAUUCCACUGAUUUUGAUAAAUUAAAAUCUAAUAAUAAUGUUGACAAUUCUUUGAUUUCUAGUAAUAAUACUAUUAAAAAUGUCUACAAUGUAACCAAUGAUGGAACUAAUGAUUUAUUAACUGAUAUUGCUCGUGUUGCAUUCGAUCGUAGUCAUUCCACACCAUGUAAAACUGUUAUUAACAAUGAGGAUAAAUUAUUACAACAACAACAACAGCAAAUAAACACUUCAACGAAUGGUCAUUAUUAUCUAAAUAAGAAAUAUUCUAAAUUAGACGUUGAUAGUAACCCUGUUAAUCAAUCUACUACAACGACAGAAAUAACUACAAUAUCUGACACCACUACUAAUGCUAUUGUUGACGAUGAUAUCCAAUCAUUUAAGCGUAGCUCCCUAUAUGUCACAUUAAUAAGCGCCCAACUCCUUGUCUUUCAAGUAAACUGCAUCGAUUGGCAGUCUGUCACAACCAAAUAA